AAAGCCAGCCAGUGUCCUCGGAGCGAACCAGCUAUUCCAGUGUGUGUGUAUGUGUGUGCUUUCGCGGAGGAUUAGACUAGCGGAUUGGUUCGUUCCCUACCAACAUUAGCGCUAGUGUUGCCGCAGCUGCGGUUACAUCAAAGGCUUCGUCUCAGAUAGACCACCAGACAUAGCGGAACUCAGGAUUAAGAAGCAUCUGCAACCCUCGUCUUGAGAGUCGCUGUCCGUUGUGAAGAGAAAAACGGAGCAGGUGCAGUCACGUCAUUUUGCAGGUUUGAAUUCGCUGGAACGAUGCAUUGAGGACAGGCUUCAUGCAAUCGCUCAGUGGUCAUCUUCCGAGGCUGCAGUGAACCGAGGUUCGCCUGCUUUCGUCGACGUCGACGUUGCACGCGUUUGGAGCAACUAUUUCUGGGGGACUGUGAAUAUCUAGCUCUAGAAACAAUGGCAACCCUUCUGCGUAAAAUUGGACUUAUUCGUCUGCACGACCGAGACACGGAGGACCCGAAGCAUCACCAGGGUUCGUUGAAAGGGACUAAAGGGAACCAGAAGAACAACACCAAGCACUGUAACAACAACACCAGCAAUGAAACGAACAACAUCCUUAGCACCCCCGAAAUUAAAGCGAAGAAAUUCGAUCACUCCGUUAAGGACAAGCCCUUGCCCGGUUCUACAAAGGACAAACAGGGGGGCAAGGACACGAAAGAGAAGCAGCAAAGUAGCAAGUCGAGUAGUAGUUCGAUACCCCCGCUGGCGCCCCACAGACAACACUGCACCCAGGUCCGGACGCGGAGGUUGAUGAAGGAGCUGCAAGAGAUCCGGCGGCUGGGUGACAACUUUAUAACCGUGGAGCUGCUGGAUGAUAACCUCUUUGAGUGGAAUGUGAAGCUGCACCAGGUGGACAAGGACUCGGCGCUCUGGCAGGACAUGAAGGAGACGAACACUGAGUUCAUCCUGCUGAAUGUCACUUUCCCCGACAAUUUCCCCUUCUCGCCGCCGUUCAUGCGAGUGCUCACCCCGCGCUUGGAGAACGGGUACGUCCUCGACGGUGGAGCUAUUUGCAUGGAGUUGUUAACCCCUCGCGGCUGGUCCAGCGCCUACACGGUGGAGGCCGUUAUGAGGCAGUUCGCCGCGAGCCUUGUGAAAGGACAGGGCCGCAUCUGCAGGAAAGCCGGAAAGUCCAAGAAGGCCUUCAGCCGCAAGGAGGCGGAGGCCACCUUCAAGAGCCUGGUGAAGACCCAUGAGAAGUACGGCUGGGUGUCCCCCCCAGUCUCCGACGGCUGAACCCCCCAGCUCCUCCCUCCCCUCACGGGUCGUGUCACGGGGGAGAGGUGGUCUGGCCAACUUAGUCACGUGGCUGUAUCUGUCCUUUUCCCUUCUUCUUCUUCUACUUCUACUACUACUUGUUCUUUUUCUUCUUCUUCUUCUUCAUCAUCAUCAUCCUCUCUUCCUUCCUGAAGUUUUCCACUUUCCUCCUCCUCCUCCUUCCUCUUCUUCUACUACUACUACUACAUGUUCUUCUAACACUGUC